AUGCAGAAUUUCACAGUUGAAGAAGCUAUCUCCUUAUUGUGCACACUUACAAAUGUUUUUCCUGCUUCUGUCAGCCGACACUACGAUGGUGUUGAAUCCUCUAUAUUUUCAAAAUUUAUGUCAGAGAAUUGUCCUGUCAGUAUAUUCAAGAAACUUGCUCAUGGCUUGGCCUUACUUCCAAAAUCCCGAGGAGAUGAGGAUAGCUGGUCACUGAUGAUGCAGAAGGUCUUGAUAUUCAUAAAUAAUCAACUAAAUGUUAUGUUCCAAGGUCUAGAAGAAGAGGCCAGAAGUAGUGAGGUAGUGAGGUUGUUACUUCCUCCAGGGAAGGACCCCCCACCUCCCUUAGGAGGGCUAACGGCAUCAGCAAAAAACUCAGAUCAGGCAAUGAAGAGGCCUGAACAAGUAUUAGUUUCAAGAGUCUCUACCCUGAUGACCUGCUGUUGCACAAUGCUUACUGAUGCUUAUCCCGUUCAGGUUUCUGUGCCUGUUCGUUCACUGGUAGCUCUUGUUAAGAGAGUGCUGAUGGUCGAUGGCUCAUUCUCACAAUCCUCCCCUUUUAUGACUGCCAUGAGACAGGACUUGAUUUGUUUAGAACUUCCUGAAUUGCAUAGGUGCAGCCUGGAGCUUCUGAGUUCUAAUGUAAAGGGACUUCGCAGUCAGUUGUUACCACAUGUGGCAGAUAUCACACGACUGCUAACAGAAUAUUUUAGGACAUGCGUCCUGCCAGAGCUAAGGAUUAAGGUUUACUCAAUUAUGAAAGUUUUGCUGAUGUCCAUGGGGAUUGGGAUUGCAAUAUAUCUGAUCCAGGAAGUUAUAAGCAAUGCAUUGCUUGAUCUGGAUCCUCAUGGUCGUGAGAGUGGUGGCUCGUACUCUGCUGCACGCUCAAAGACCUUACAGGAUGCACUGCAACAAUGUUUUCAGAGAAAAAGGAAGCACCCAACUUCAGCUGAAUCUGUUGGAGACCAAUCUGCUAAAGGUGGUCUGGAAGUGGAGACAUCCCAAAAUAUGACUGCAAUAUCUGUCAGGAUUGCUGCAUUAGAGGCAUUAGAAGCUCUUUUGAGUGUGGCUGGUGCCAUGAGAUCAGAUGGUUGGCGAUCAAAUAUUGAUCGUCUCCUUAUAACAGUUGCAACAAAUGCUUGCAAAGUGGGAUGGGCUGACAACAAUAGUACCGUAGUUUAUGGUGAAGCUACUCCUAUAUGGGCAGACUUCCAACUUGCUGCUUUACGCGCACUUUUGGCAUCCCUUCUUUCUCCUGGUCGUGUUCGCCCUCCACAUCUUGCUCAGGGUCUCGAACUUUUUCAUAGAGGCAGUCGAGAAUCUGGAACAAAAAUUUCUGAAUAUUGCUGUCAUGCUCUUUUGACCUUGGAAGUGCUCAUACAUCCUAGGGCCCUUCCAUUUAUAGAUCUUCAAUCGGCAGUUGACCAUUAUGGCAGCGCUAGCCUCAACCUUCCAGACGUACACUUCGCAGAUCACAGAAAGAACACUUCAUUUCAUUUUAGCACACUAGGAAAGGAGCCUUCUCUGCCAGAGUCUGGGGAUGAUGAUCUGUACGAAAGGUGGCUGGCAAAUGGUGAUGAAACAGAUGUCAAUGACCUUGGAAAAUAUACCAGCAGUGAUAAAAAACCCUCUGGGACCUCUACCGAUCCAGCAUUAGAAAAGCUUCCUCAUGGUGGUUCUCCUUCUGAAAGAAAUAAGCGUGAAGGUGGUGAAUUUGGGGAAUCAAUGGCUGUUGCAGCUGACAAAGUACCAGUAGAUGGGGAUGAGAUAAUGGUUGACUUGCCGACUCCGGAAAGCUACAAGCAGACAGAGGAACGCGAUCAUAUUGAAGGGCGAAUAUUGGUUGCUACAGCUGGUGGUCAUACUGCCAUCGAAUCAGAUGGACUGGUUUCAGGCAGUGCUACAUCAGCUGAUGGUCAUACAGAUUUUGUUGUAGCAGCAGGAAAAGAUGUCUCUUCUUCAGCAAGUAAAAGAAACACUAUGGUUACUGAGCAGAGUGUCACGCCAACAUCUGCGAAGGAUGUGGUGACAAGCCAAGAUCAUGAAUACACUAGGAUUGUGGAAAAGAUUUCUGCUACAAUAUCAAACACAGGAAGGGGCGCUGGAUUGGUGCUAGAAAUCAAUGACGACACUUCAAUGGAUUCACUUCCUGAUAUUGUGGAUGGUGAUCCCGACUCUGAUUGAGUGAAAAUGUAUGUGUAUGAUUGGGCAGUAUUCGAUUAGAUUUACUAGUGAAUGUGUUGAAAUUCAUUGUAUAUUGAAUUUGAAGUUCUUCGUAAGCAUGUUAGAAAAAUUAGGGGCUUUUUGAUCCUCGUAAGAGGUUUUACGCAAUUUUGAGAUGAAUGAAUGCAGUAGAUGAUAGAAGGCUUCUCUUA